AUGACAGAAGAAGUAACAUAUGCCAAUCUGAAAUUUGAAAACACCUAUGAGCUGGAUAAUAUCACAGGGCAUGAAGAUACUAAGGAAAAAGGGCCUCCCACUUCGUCCCACUCUUGCUGGCCAGUAGUCCUGAUUUUGUUCACGCUGUGCUUGGCAUUGCUGAUGGCGCUGGUGACCCUGGCAGUUUUAUUUUUCCAGAUUCCCGAGAACUACAGGACACAACUUAGAGACCUCAACAUGACAAAGAAUGAGCUGCAUGCAAAUUUCUCAAAUAUGCUGCAAUCAAUAGGAAAUCAGCUGUGCCUGGAAGGGGAAAAAGACCUUAAAAAUAAUGGCCAGAACUGUGUACUCUGCCCUGCAAACUGGAACUGGGAAGGUGGCGACAUGUGUUACUACUACUCCGAGGAAAUGAAGUCAUGGGAAGAGAGUCACCAGUUUUGUUCCUCACAAAACUCUACUCUUCUUAUGAUAAAAGAGGCAGCAAAGCUGGAACUGAUAGAAAAAAUUCCUAAAAAAACAUACUGGAUUGGAUUAUCAUUUAGAACCGAACAGAAAGGCUGGUAUUGGGCAGACAACACAGCUGUUACAGAAGAACAAAAGUCUUGGCUAAAGUAUAUAAGCUUCUUCCCACCCUGUGGAUAUAUUCAUUAUCAUACCAUAUAUAACAAAUCAUGUAAAGAAAAGCUUUGCUGUGUCUGUGAAAAGCCCACCAUCCAAUUACAGCGAGGUAACAACCGUUGGCAGGAGGACUGGUUUGUCAAACCAAAAUGA